AUUAUCAACAGCCGGAGAAGAGAAAGGAUCUAACUUUCUCUUGUUUUUUUCUCUUUAUCACCCUCUUUAAACUUCCUUUUUUGAUAUAGCGCCUUCAAGCCUCGCGUAGUAGCUGAAACCGAGGGCUUAUUUGUGAAAUUAAUUUGUAAGGGAGGUGUUUAUCGAAAUAAUAGCAGAGGCGGAACACGCCGAUGAUGGCCGGGCGGAAGCAGCACAGGGCGCACCGCCUGUUCGCGGCGCCGGCCUCCAUCUCCGACGGGGGAUACGACAUCGAAGAGUUCGAGGAGUCCGACGUCUGGGGGUGCGCCGUCGAGCCGCGCCGCGUCGCCGAGCUUCCCAAUCCGCGGGGCCAGGCGGGAGACGGCAAGCGUGGGGAUCGCCCUGGCGGAGGAAGGAGGGCGUCUUCUUCGUUGCCGGUGAACAUACCGGACUGGUCGAAGAUACUCGGGAGCCACUACGCCGGCGGAAACAGCGGCAGGAACAGGGGAUGGUGGGAGGAAGAAGGGGGCGGCGGCGGUUCGCCGGGGCCGGUGAUCCCCCCGCACGAGCUGGCGUGCCAAAGCCAGACAUCGCCGUUUUCGGUGCACGAGGGGGUCGGGCGAACCCUCAAAGGCCGCGAACUCAGCCGCGUCCGCAACGCCAUUUGGGAGAAGAUCGGCUUCCAGGACUGACAACGCCAUUCUCGCCACCACUUCCCCUGCCGGGAAAAAUGCAAGAAAAUCGAAUAAAAAUCACAUUUUUAGCUGCAUUUGGAGAAACUACAACUGCGAGGGAAUUUUUUGUUGUCACUCAAAAUCCCUUUUUUUUCCUACAUAUAUAUAUUUAUAUAUAUAUAUUGUUGUAUGGGAGAACUAAUACAUGGAUUACUCCUUAAAAAUCUUCUUUUGUUUGGAGAAAACAUCAUUUCUUACUAAUCAAACACUCGAUCUCUUCCUCAA